UAUUUCAUUUUUUAUUUUUUUUCAACAGCACGCCAGCUCCCGUCACUUGCGUGUGUGCUGCAGGGGAAGCGACGCUCAAAACGCGGCAGGAUCAGGUUAAAAACCCCGACUCUUAUCGAUCUGUGGAUGAACCACGAGUUCACAGCGCGAACGCAAAGCUUCCUCCUCUCCCCUCCUUCUUCUUGAUGCCCGAGUUGUCUCGUUUUGUGGCCUGACUGAGAGGACCAACCUCCUUUAACUGCAUUGCCUCUGCGUCUGCUGGCUUUUGGCUCCUCAUUCUCCUCCUGUUACUGGCAGCUACGGGGUUGUGACAUUUUUUUUUCUGCAGAAAGCGAGGGGAACAGAGUGGACUGACCUGACCGAAGUUUUCUUUUCGGUUAUUUUUUCUUUUUUUCCUCUUUUUUUCUUAAAGCUGUUCUUUUAUGAAAAAAUAUCUCUGCUCCGGUCCCCAAUUAAGAAAAUCGGGUUACUGAGGUGCGGGAUUUGUUUCCAUGCUCAGGAGCAGAGCUCACGUUAGGAUGCAUGGGGAAGAUGAAGUUGUGUAGUUUAAGUGGCUUUUGGUGCACAAUCUGAGAUGAGAUAGACGACCUGCAUCUGCAACGUUGGCUGAAAUCCUCACAUCAGAGUGGAUCGCUCUGUAUGGACAAACACAUUGAGCUCAAGAUGAGGUGCAAUUGUGACUUUUUGAACUGCACCUAAGAAAAAGAGGGGGGUCCCUCUGCACAUCCUGCUUCCACAGGAAGAGACGCUUUUUUCCUGUAGCUGGCAAACGAACUGGGGUUGCUGCAUCAAAGUGAAUACUGGGAAAACAAAGAGAGCAGAUCUCCUGUUGUAUUCUCUUUGUCACUGACUUAAAAAAGGUUCGCCAGAACGACUGAAAAUGAAGAAGUUUCGGAAGGUGCUGGACGGUUUGACCACCUCCUCCCCGGGAGGGACCAUGGGUUCCCCAUCGUGCGGCAGCGCGGCUGGGACUCCCACCGCGGCGCCAACUCCCAGGGAUAUCGACGUCCAGGAGACGCUGGUGUCAGAAAACUUUCAGCUGUGUAAGACGGUUCGGCACGGAUUCACGUACCAGCCCACAGCUUUGGCCUUCGACCCCGUGCAGAAGAUCCUAGCCAUCGGUUCAAGAUCAGGUGGUGUACGAAUACUAGGCCGACCAGGGGUGGACUGCUACUGUCAACAUGAGAGCGGAGCAGCUGUUCUUCAGCUUCAGUUUCUCAUCAAUGAGGGGGCUCUGGUUACAGCCUGUGCAGACGACACACUACACUUGUGGAAUCUACGCCAGAGACGACCGGCUGUCUUGCAUUCACUCAAAUUCAACAGAGAGAGGAUCACUUUUUGCCACCUGCCUUUUCAGAGUAAAUGGCUCUAUGUGGGGACAGAGCGUGGAAACACACACAUCGUCAACAUCGAGUCCUUUAUUUUGUCUGGAUAUGUUAUCAUGUGGAACAAGGCCAUAGAACUAUCAACUAAAACUCACCCAGGACCUGUAGUUCAUCUGAGCGACAGCCCGAAGGAUGAAGGCAAGUUGCUUAUAGGAUUUGAGGGUGGAACUAUUGUGCAAUGGGACCUCCGGGCCAAGAAGGCCGACUUCAGAAUCUACUACGAUGAGGCUAUCCAUUCAGUCAGUUGGCACCACGAAGGGAAACAGUUUAUGUGCAGCCACUCAGACGGCAGCUUGACGCUAUGGAACCUCAGAAACACUACCAAGCCAUUCCAGGUCACCUUUCCUCACGGAAAGAUACAGAAGGACGGGAGGAAAGAGUCGUGCAAACCUAUACUGAAAGUGGAGUACAAGACCUCAAGAAACAGUGAGCCUUUUGUUAUCUUCUCUGGUGGUCUUUCAUACGACAAGGCAGGACGACGGCCGGCUUUAACCAUCAUGCACGGCAAGGCCAUCACCGUUCUAGAAAUGGACUACCCUAUUGUAGAGUUCAUGGUCCUCUGCGACACUCCAUACAUCAAUGAAAUCCAGGAACCCUAUGCAGUGGUGGUGCUUUUGGAGAAGGACUUGAUUGUGGUGGAUCUGACUCAAAGCAACUUUCCUGUGUUUGAGAACCCAUAUCCCAUGGACAUCCAUGAGUCUCCUGUUACCUGCACAGCUUAUUUCGCAGAUUGUCCACCAGACAUUAUCCCCAUUCUCUACUCAAUAGGAGCUAAACACAAGAAGACUGGGUAUAGUCAGAAGGAGUGGCCAAUUGCUGGCGGAACGUGGACAUUAGGCUCCCACACUUACCCAGAAAUCAUCAUCACAGGGCAUGCUGAUGGCUCAAUAAAGUUUUGGGAUGCAUCUGCGUUCACGCUACAGAUGUUGUACAAGCUGAAGACCUCCAAAGUGUUUGAGAAGCCGAAGCUAGGGGAGGGCCGGGGUGCUGACCUGGGGGAGGAAGACCCCUUUGCUGUUCAGAUGGUUAGCUGGUGCCCUCAUAGUCGCAUCUUCUGUGUGGUCGGCAUCUCGGCUCACAUUAUUCUGUAUCGCUUCAGCAAAUACGACGCCAACACUCAGACAGUGUCCUUAGAAGUGCGCUUGCAGUGUGAGCCUGAGGAUAUUAUCACUCCCUCUGAGAAUGAGAACAAUCCCUGCUUCUCAGAGCCGGGCUCCCACUCACCCCAACCCCACCACCAGUACCCCGUUAGCCCUGGCAGCAGAACGCCGGACGGCGCCAAAGACAGCACCCCCUUUCUCAAGGUGAAGGACAAAACGGUUCGGGUCCCUCCUGGCUAUCAGUCAGACCUGGUCAUCCAGCUGCUGUGGGUAGAUGGUGAGCCACCACAGCAAAUCACAAGUCUGGACAUCAAUUCUGCAUAUGGCCUGUUGGCAUUUGGGAACUGUAACGGGCUCGCGGUGGUUGACUACAUACAAAAAACUGUUAUAUUGUGUAUUUCGACUGUGGACCUAUACGGAGCCACCGACCCUUACCAGCGCCUUACCCGUUCCCCCCGUAGGAACAGGCAGUCCACCUCAGAGCAUUGCAUGCGCGGCCUGUCUAACUUUUAUUCAGAUUCAAAGAAAAGGAUCCGUACAUCCUAUCAGAGCCUUACUGAACUCACUGACAACCAGCAGUCCAUAGACAUGGAAAGAAGCAAGUCACCCACUUCAGUUCAUUACCCAACCUCCCUUCACAAUGACCCACGCAUCCUGCCAGAGCCUGUGGCCAGUCUGAGAGCCAGCCACUGCAGUCCAGUCUUUUACUUACUGGACAAUGUAAAGGGACCCGGCAGAAAGUUAAGUCUGCCCACAGAUCUUAAGACUGAUCUUGAUCAUGUCAAUGGACAUUGCACUAGUCCCACCUCUCAGCCCUGCUCGGCGGGGAAGCCUCGCAUUCCAAUGGGUCCCGAGGGGCCACGGCUAACCCGCAGAGGCCCUGGCCGACCACCCUUCCGAAAGGCCCAGUCUGCUGCUUGCAUGGAGAUCUCUUUGCCUGUGUCCCACACUGAAGGGCAUGCAUCAAGGAGGGCAAUGCUUCAGCAGUUACACGGAGUCACUAUGUACUCCCACGACGAGCACCACUCCACCGCCUCGUACUGCUGGAACGAGAGAGAGAGUCGUGAAAACUCCUUCAGCCGCUCUCGCAGCUCCAGCGUGUCUAGCAUUGACAGGGACACCAAAGAAGCUAUCACCACGCUGCAGUUUGGAGAGUCCUACGGACGCAAGAGCGACGCCCUGCCCACACCGUGUCUGUGGGUGGGAACUAGCUUAGGAGUGGUCAUUCUUAUCCCACUGUCGAUCCCCAUGGACCACGAGGAGAGGAUGGAGGACCCUGUCACCGUCGGGCCCAGUGGAGCAGUCCAAAUGUUGAAAGGCUCUGUGCUUCGCUUUGCUUUCUUGGACUGCAAUGGAGCCCUCAUUCAGAGCCCGUAUGAGAUUUGGCGGGACCAGAAUGCCCCAGAGGACCCUGACCGACCACGGAGGCGCAAGCUGGUCCAUUUCUCCCCGUCCUCUUCCCAGGACGCCUUUGGGGAGGGACAUUUGACUGUGGUGUGCUCCGAGAGGCAGGCUAAAGUAUUCUUGAUGCCCUCGCAGUCUUGCCUGUUCGUCCACAACAUCACAGAGUCGUCCUUUGUGCUCCGAGCGGAUGUGGUAUCUCUGUGCAACAGCGUGUGCCUGGCAUGCUUCUGCGCUAAUGGACAUGUCAUGACUCUCAGUUUGCCCAGUUUAAGACCGCUGAUGGAUGUCAAUUACCUGCCUCUGACGGACAUGCGCAUUGCAAGGACCUUUUGUUUCACCAAUGAGGGGCAGGCGCUGUACCUCAGCUCCCCAACAGAGAUCCAGAGAAUUACAUACAGCCAGGAGAUGUGUGACAACCUGCAGGAAAUGCUUGGGGAGCUGUUUACUCCGAUAGAAACUCCAGAAGCUCAAAACAGAGGCUUUUUAAAGGGCUUCUUUGGAGGAAAUGCCCAUACGUUUGACAGAGAGGAGCUCUUUGGUGAGGCGGCAGCUGGAAAGGCUUCUCGGAGUCUGGCACAGCACAUCCCCGGUCAAGGAGGAGUAGAAGGCAUGAAGGUGGCAGCGAGCGGAGUGGUGGGCGAUCUGGCACGGGCUCGCAUUGCUCUGGAUGAGAGAGGCCAAAGGCUGGGGGAGCUGGAGGAGCGAACCACCCUGAUGAUGACCAGUGCAGAAACUUUCUCCAAACAUGCUCACGAGCUGAUGCUGAAGUGCAAGGACAAGAAGUGGUACCAGUUCUAACAGCGGGAAGGAGGGAUGAGACUGCCUCUGGCCUGUGAAGAACUUCAUGCUGUGAUGGAAGUUUCACAUGUGAAGCAAAAGCAAUCAGAAGAUACAUGAGCGUGACUUCGUCUUUACAGCUUUUAGAGCCAGCUGCGUGUACUUCAGCGUCACUUUGCUGAAGGACGAGAACAGUUUUUUUUCCUCGUCUAGACAGGGGGAGGGAGGGGGAGUGAUACGGACUGUUGGAGAAUGGCGACGUUUGAUGGUCUGUAGAAGGAACUGGAAAUAUCCAACAAUACUGUAUGAGUGUGUGUGCGUGUGUGUGUGUGUGUGUGUGUGCGUGGGUGUGAUUGUCUGAUUGCGAGGUCGCAUGGUUGGGUUUUCUGGAUCUUACUGUGUAGAUACUCAAAGGUUAUGAAACCAACAAGAACUGCAUGAAACAGCAAUGGAUGAGUAUUAAAAAUAUCCAACUGCCAUAUUAAAAAGCAGCAUGCUAAUUUAACAGGAGAUUUAAAAUUAUUUAAAAAAAAAUAACUUUUAUUUAUGAUGUAAGCCAACGACAGAAACUAUGAAAAACUUUAUAUUUUUGAGAUACUGGCAAAAAAAAAAAAAACUAUAUCUAAAAAGGGAAACAUAUAACUGCAUUGCUAUUAAGCCAAAACUUGUGUUACUUUCCCUUUUUUUAUUUUUUAUUUAUGGUUGAUUUUAUUAGUAUUUUUUUUUUUCUUAGUCUAAGCAAAUAUUACUGAUACAAUAUAAAUGCACAUACAUAAUUAUCUACACAGACUUAGAAUACUGUAAUAUUCAAACUUUCUUCUAACUUCAUUUACUCUGGGCUGCACAGUGCAAAUUUAAAUAAGUAAUAAUAACACUUAACUCUGCAAAGUCCGAUCACACGGACGUGUUUUCACUUUUUUCAGCUUGGGUGACAAAGAGGGACAUCUUGAUGCUCAAACGUUGUAUAAAACUGAGAAACUGAGGUGACAUAGAUAAGGAAAUUGUAUUCUGAAUCGUGUGUUUAUAUCUGUUGUACAAACCUAGAUACAAUUUGUGUGCCAUAAAAAAA